CUACCAGGCACCAGCAAUUAAUAACGAGGGUUCGUUGUCCACGGCAAAAGAGCCAGUACUCGUCUGGGAACAUGCGGCUACUUAGGCCGGAAAACUGAUAUUUCGGAAUGGUCAUCUCUUUGCGGACUUUCAUCAAAUAUUUUCCGAGCAACUGUCUACUGGUACGUUUUUCAACCCUUCACUCUCUCUCUUCACGCUCACAUACCAAAACUCAUUCAUCACAGAAUAUUGCAUCACAACCCCAACUUCGACAAGAACAACAGCAGCAAGACCCAUAUGCAUUAAUGCGAGAAGACCCAAUUCAAAUAUGCUCAGAAAUCUGGGUCAAAUCCUUUACAACUCCAAAAUCAAAGCCAUUUCCUAAUCUCACUGGUUUUUUAUCCAAAUUUGACAUCUGGGUUUUAGCUUAUCAGCGCUCUGUUGCUCAUUUCACCGGCUCUUUGCCGUGCCGCAACGGUAUUAGCUCUAACGCAUUGCAUGAUCUCCUCUCUCUCCGAAAUGCGGUUGUGAUAGGUCAAUUUCAUUGGAACAUGAAAACUGAGUUGUUUAUUUGUAGUCCAAAUGAAAAACCCAUUACUGAAUUUACGUCUAAGAGUAAGAUGAAUAGGCUCUUGAACUCGAAGAAGUCGCCCUUUCAGGAUCGUGUUGUUCAAGAGGUUCUGUUGUUGAUUCUUGAACCUGUUUUUGAGUCUAGGUUUUCUUCAAAAUCCCAUGGUUUUCGCCUAGGUCGAAAUGCCCAUACUGUUAUUAGGACUAUUAGGAGUAAUUUUGCAGGGUAUCUUUGGUACUUAAAAGGUGAUUUGAGUGAGAUGUUAGAUGUUGUUGAUAAGAGUUUGGUGAUGGGUUGCUUAAAGAGAGUUGUGAAGGAUAAAAGAGUGUUGGGUUUAAUUAGUUCUGCAUUGAGGGAGUCGGAAAACCGUUGUUUGGAGUGUGAUGAUACUGGGAAGUUGAAGAAGGGGAAGGGGAAGGGGAAAAGGAAGAAGAAAAAGGGAGAUGAAAUAAAGAGGAAGAUUUUAAAUCCCAAUGAGCCGAAACCGGAUCCAUACUGGUUGCGAACAUUCUAUGAUUUUGCACCAGAGGAGGCAGCAAAGGUGCCGAAUUAUGGGUAUUGCGGAAUUCUUAGUCCUUUAAUUUUUAACGUUUGUUUAAAUGAAUUUGAUCAUAUGAUGGAAGAGAAGAUAGUUGAGUUUUUUAAGCCAUCUAUGCUUGACUCGAUAUGGAAAUCUUCGGUUGCUGAUGGUUGUCAUAACCCUGCUUGGCCUGAGUUUGUUCCAUCGGGUGGGAAGGAGAAAACUAGAAAAAUGGAUUACAUACGAUAUGGUGGUCAUUUCUUGGUUGGGAUUCGAGGAUCCCGGGAUGAUGCAGUGAAGAUUAAGGAGGAGUUGAUUGAAUUCUGCAGCAACAAAUUAGGGAUAAAAUUGAAGUACCCUAAGAUGGAGAUUGAGCAUGUAAGUAGGGGGAUUUCAUUUCUUGACCAUGUCAUUUGUCAUCGUGUAGUAUACCCAACAUUGCACUACACUGGUACAGGUGGUAGAACUGUUAGUAAAAAGUGUGUAGGAACUUUGCUUUCAAUUACAGCCAGCUUACCUCAAUGCAUUCGCCGAUUCAGGCGCCUUGAAUUGCUGAAGGGUGAUAAGGAUCCAGAGCCGUCCUGUACUCCAAUGCUUUAUUCCAGCCAAGCCCAUACUAAUUCUCAGAUGAAUAAAUUCCUUGAAACCAUGGCUGAUUGGUAUAGAUAUGCUGACAACCGUAAAAAAGUUGUCGGAUUUUGUGCUUACGUGAUUCGCAGCUCUUUGGCCAAGCUAUAUGCGGCCAGGUAUAAGCUCAAAUCUCGUGCAAAGGUAUACAAGAUAGCUUCACGUAGUCUCAGUAAUCCUUUGAGAGGCAAAGGAAACUUUGUGGCAUCAGAGUACUCAGAACUCCUGAAGCUGGGUCUUGUUGAUGCCAUUGAAGGUGUGCAGUUUUCUCACAUGUCUUUGAUCCCAAGUUGUGAUUAUACACCAUUCCCCCGUGUUUGGAUCCCUGAGCAUGAACAAAUAUUGCUUGAAUAUAUCAAAUUACAAGAUCCAAGAUUCUUUUCUGAACUACUUAAAUCGAUCAAAACACAAGGUCUAAGUGUACCACAAAAUGAAAUUUCCGAGAUUGUUUGGGACUUUAAGACUCUUGGUGCACACUGGUUUGAUACUGAAUUAGAAAAGCAUUCUUAGCAGUAGAAAUGGUGAAGUGGCUCCUUGUAUUCAUAAAGCUGUAAGUUCAACUAUGGCAGUUGUAGGCUUAAAGUAUGCAUCUUAGUGUACUAAAUGGAGAGGAAGCUGCAUUAUGCACAUGGAAGACAUUACCAAAAAUAGUAUCAGGUUGCUGAAUGAGUUGAAAUGAAAAUAAGGAUUGGAUUUUUCUCUUCCUUUCUGUCACCUAUAUCAAUGAUGAUGGGUCUGCUUCACGGAUUAUCUAAUAGUUCAGCUCUUGUUGGUGGCGCUGCAGUGAAGUAAUACAUUUGUCCUUGAUAACAUGGUGGCUAUUCUCAUUGAGUUGUAUUUACCAGCUAAAAACAUAUGACCUGGUGAGUAUCACAGAGAUAUUGAUUGUGAACUCAUUGGUACGAUAAACCUUUAUCAGAUUCUUUGAAGCAGCUCUUCUCUGGAAUAUAAGGUAAAAUUACUUGACUAUAGAACACCUUUUGUCGACGUAUCAUAUCUUGUAAUAGCACCUGCAUUAUGUGGUCCGGUAUUGUUCUGUAGUUCUGGCCCUUCUGGAUUUUAUGUAUGAAAUCUUUAUGUGCAAUUUUCUUUAAUGCAUAGCUUCAAAAAUAUAUCCUAUCAGAAAAGUAGAUAAUUACAUCA